AUGUCUACUAAUUUCGAGAAGCACUUUGAAGAAAACGUCGAUAACUGUUCCCUGGAACAGUUGAGAGACAUCUUGAUCAACAAGUCAGGGACAACGAAACUAGCCAACCGUUUCAGAGCUCUGUUCAACUUGAAAGGUGUUGCUGAAGAGUUUGAAAAGAACCCAGAAGAGGCUCGGAAGGCCACCGAGUACAUUAACGAGUGUUUUGGCGAUGACAGUGAGCUUUUGAAGCACGAAGUGGCGUACGUUUUAGGCCAAACCAAGAACAUGGUCGGUGCCCCAUUAUUGAGAAAAGUGCUGGCUGACACCAACCAACAAUGUAUGGUUCGUCACGAGGCCGCUGAGGCCCUGGGAGCGCUGGGAGACGAAAAUUCGCUACCUAUGCUUGAGGAAUAUUUCAAGGAAGACCCUCUACUGGAGAUUAGACAAACCUGUGAAUUGGCCAUUGGCCGCAUCAAGUGGCAGAUUAGCGAUUCUGGUAAAAGCGAGAAGCUGCAAGAUUCGCUAUAUUCUAGCAUCGACCCUGCCCCACCACUCAAUUUGGACAUCAACCUCAAAGUUGAAGAGUUGAAGCAAAUUUUGAACGACCAAGAGAAGCCGCUAUUUGAGAGAUACAGAGCUAUGUUCAGACUCAGGGACAUUGGCAACAAUGAAGCAUGCUUGGCCUUGGCCUCCGGUUUCGAUGAUCCAUCUGCUCUCUUCAAACACGAGAUCGCGUAUGUUUUCGGCCAGGUCGGUAACCCAGUGGUGGUGCCCAAGUUGAUCGAGGUUUUGAACCGUGAGAACGAAGCUCCAAUGGUCAGACACGAAGCUGCUGAGGCCCUAGGAUCGAUUGCUACUGACGAUGUGUUGCCUAUCCUAAAGGGACAUUUGAAUGAUAAAGAUGACGUUGUAAGGGAGUCUGCCAUUGUAGCUCUUGACAUGUACGAGUACGAGAACAGCAACGAGCUCGAGUACGCUCCUUCCUAA